UUACUGGUUCUGUCUGUUCCCAGAUUGACAUACUUGGCCACGAACUAAAGGACUGCACGAUGGGUAAGUUGUGGCAACAGCUGAGACAGGCGUCCGAGUUCGACAAACGACGGGGAGAGGUCGACACCUUCAACAAGGGAAACCUCUGGAAGAAACGAGGCAUCACCAUGACACCAGCCAAAUACGGAUUCUUCUACAUGGGUGCCGGCGUGUCUGUAGACGUUGCCAUAUACAGCAGAGAUGGCACUGUCACCGUCUCCCAAGGGGGCGUGGAGAUGGGACAGGGACUCUACACAAAGGUGCUGCAGGCGGUGGCAAGCACCCUGGGUAUACCCCUCAACAUGGUGCGAAUGCGACAUGUCAACUCCCACUUGGCCGCCAACAACACCGUCACAGGUGGGAGUGUUUCCAGCGAGCACGCCGUCCAGUCCGCCAUAACCUGUUGUGAGACACUGAAUGAAAGGUUGCAGCCAUUCCGGACCAAGCAUCCCGACUACGACUGGAAAAACAUCAUCGGCGUGGCCAGCCUCGCCAACGUUGAUCUCACUGCGAAGCACAAGUUUGUCCCCAAGAAACAUGACGGUCCUGGAAUGUUCCACUACUUCUCCUACUCGGCGGCAGUCACGGAAGUGGAGCUGGAUGUUCUCACCGGGCAGAGUCAGAUACGGAGAGUUGAUAUCCUGUUUGACUGCGGGGAAAGUCUGAACCCAACCAUUGACAUUGGUCAGAUAGAAGGUGCAUACCUGAUGGGUGUAGGGGGGUUCAUGUUUGAGGAAGUGAAGCACGACUCGAAGACAGGGGGCGUGCUGAACGAUGGCACCUGGGAAUACAAACCUCCUCUGGCUAAAGAUGUCCCUAUAGACUGGAGGAUCAAGCUGUUGGCGGAUGCUCGUAACCCGCUCGGAAUCAGAGGGUCAAAAGCGUCUGGUGAGCCCCCCAUCGUACUGUCAUCCGGGGUGUUCUAUUCUCUCAAACAGGCCAUGGAGGCAGCCCACCUCGACAAUACCGGUUCCUCUGAAUUCCAGCCAUCAGUGGCGCCGUUGACCGUGGAGAGACUGCGCCUGGGCUGCGGCUUCAACAUGGCCAAGAUGACGCUGUAGAUGAAGGAGGAGUCAACGAUCGGAAACUACCCUCAGAAUAGCACAGCUGGAUUGGGCCAACAUACUUAACCUUGUUUAACAGAUUGUCCGAGUUGGACAUUAACUGUAUUCCGUAGCGUAAAGAACGUCUCACAGACAGACGCGUAGUAGAUCUUUCCCGGAACAAAUUUUAACACGACAUACCUUAACAACUGCAUAUUCGGUAACAAAUACUAUUGAACGUACUAAAGAUAGAAAAACAACAACAACCAAAUAUGAUUGUGUAAAGUGAAAGGACAAUAACACAGCACCGAGAGCACCGCGAACGUAUCCAGUGCCUACUUAUGUAUACUUAGUGUUAGAGUAGUCAGGGUACAUUGAUAAAGAAACGAAAUCAUCUCAUGUCCAAUGCGUAUUGAGUAAUGCGCACAUGCACAGGCUGUUUAAAAGUGUCUACUGGAAUAAAAUAUCUUAAGGCUUUUGAUGGAUGAUGUAGCAAAGGCUAUAAACUAUUCAUUUGUGUAUAGACUGUCCAACUGUUGGCAUUGACUGCAUGGUCCGGUGUCCAUCGUGUAACCAUGACCUUUCAAAAUGCUCAUAAGUUGUAUAGAUUCAAACUACCAAAGUUAUUAAGUUUGAUGACAUAAUUUGGAGAUGAUCCCAGGACAUGUUUGGAGAGCAUUGGUUGAUGAUGAUAACCCUGAAUCCCAUACUUUUAAAAUUAGUAGCAAUAUAUUCAAUGAUGUUUGCUGGUAACUUUGUUUUUGGUGAUAGAUUCAUUGUUUGUUAACAUUACUAAAUAGAAAUAAAACAUGUAUAUAUCAAA